GUGGGUUACUAUUUUAUUCAUCAACCUAGAUGGACAUGUCAUUCUCGGUUAACGUUCGAACAAAGUGAAAGCUAUGGCUGGUGCUGUACAGGAGGUUAGGGAUCCUCUGUCUACAGACAGUAAAGGAUCUGCGACUGUAAAAACAUCGUUAUCUUACGAAGAAAUCGCUAAUAAGCUUUUAAACGAAAAGCUUUUAUUAACGGCCUUGGAAUUACAUGCAGAACUAUGCGAAGCUGGGAAAGAAUUACCUAUUUUAAGAGAAUUUUUUUCGAAUCCGAAUCAUUUUGAAAUUCAAAAUAUUAAACCAGAACCUUAUACUCCUAUGCCUAGGUCCUCUAGUCAGGCUACUUUAGAUUCACUUGAUAUGACAAGGUAUUCAGAAGAUGGUGCAGGAGUUGAUGAGAGAGUAGCAAUUUUAGAGUUUGAACUAAGAAAGGCCAGGGAAAGCAUUUCUGCUCUUCGUGCAAAUCUCACUGUAGUAACAGAGUCUGAAGGAACUACACCUAAUAAGUGCUCUGAUAAGCAUUUAGCCAGUAAACCCCCAAUAAAACCUCAUGAACAAAGAGCUGUAAAUUUUCUUGUUAAUGAAUAUUUAUUAGCACGUUCUUACAAGUUGACAUCAAUCACAUUUAGUGAUGAAAAUGAAAAUCAGGAUUUUGAAGAUUGGCAGGAUGUGGGAUUGAAUAUUCCAAAACCAGCAGAAUUAUUACAAAUUUAUAGGGAAUAUAUGAGAGCAAAUGGGUAUGAUAAGUCACCUUCUGUGAGUGUUGGUGUGCAAACAGAUUUCUGUGAGGUAGAGUCUGAGAUAGAAAAGAAUGAAUUUAAAGAAAUGGUAAAAAAAGUGGAAGAACUCAGACAACAAACUGUAUUGUUAGAACAAGAAAAAUUGGAUUUGCAACAAAUUAUUGCCACCACAAAUGAAAAUUUAUCUCAAAAUCCGAUUAAGCAAGGUAGUAGCGGUACAAUACAAACAAUAAAUUCAAAUUCUACCACUCCGGAUAAGUUUGAACUUCUUGAAACUCCUGCUCGUGAUACAUCGAACGUUACUCAAGAACCAGAGGAAGAUGAUAGCGUUUCAGCUGUUGUUAGUCUUGGUGAAACAGAUCCUGGAGAUAAAGAAUGGACUAGAAUUCAAUUACCUAGGGUGGAUGUCUCAGAAGGAAUAUCUAUCCUUCCAAAUCCACCAUCUAGACAUCUACCGCUAAAGUUUAAAAUGGAGGUGAUAACACACUGUUUAGUAAAUGUACCAAAUUCCGUAAUUUCUUCGGCAGAAGAAGUUUUUAAAAAUGGAGUGACACGCGACACUCUCGUUCAAAUUUUAGCACAAACAUUACCUCGUAUCGUACCCAAUGUUAUCUUAAAUAAACGCGAAGAAGUUAUACCACUAAUACUAAGUGCAAUUCGGCUUCAUAAUGACUCCGGAGAAAGAGAAAAAUUAUUACAGCUCCUAUUCAGCUUAAAGAAGAGACCACAAGAAGAUGAAAGACAAUUAAUAUUAGCUGGUUUUAUUGCUAUGGCAAAACUUGAGGAUGAACCAAUAGAAGGUGAAGAAAUAUUGACUAUUUGUUGGGAACAAAGUCAGCACAAGUACCCUGAGAAGAGGUUACUAGCUAUUGAGUGCUGUUCUGUAUUAGCUCCAUAUAUGUCAGUAGAAAUAAGAAAUUCGUUAAUGCUCUCUAUGCUCCAGCAAAUGUUACUUGAAGAUAAAGACCCUGCAGUUAGGGCUAGUGUAAUUAGAAGUCUUGCACUGUUGAUAGCUUUAAUGGAUGAUCCUGAUAAAUAUUUUCAGUGUGAAGAAUUAGCUUUAACGGCACUUUAUGACACAUCGCCUACCGCUGUUGAAGUCGCAUCUUCUAUACUUUUACCGAUUUUAGCUCAAUGGGCGCUCUCUCUUAAGAGAUUGCAAACACAUCUUUUACCGCGUAUAAUAUCUAAAGUAAAAAGUCAUUUAAAGUCUGGGCAUUCCCAACACUCACCUAACAAAGACCACAUAGAUGAAGGAAGAAUAGUGUCAUCAAUUGGAGUAUUACAAUAUUUACUUCCACAUAUGGUUAUCUGUAUAGUAGAUACUGAUGCAGUCAGAACUUAUGUUGAACAUGGCAUGUCAUCUGAUUUGCCUGAGGUCUUCCUGCACUUGUGUCAUUCCAAUAUUGUUAAUCCAAAAGUAUUUUAUGACGGCGAUGUAGAUGUAGCAACUCUUCUAAAUACAUUUUUUACAAAUACAUGGGAAAAUGACUCAUGGCCGGAAUUAGAGUGGUUUACAAAUAGAUUAGUUGUGGACGUUUUGGAAAUGGUAAAAUCUGUCGAAACUGCACAAGAGAACAUUUUAAAUGCUCUUUUAACGUAUGUUCAUUCUUUAUGUUUGGGUUUUGGGCGAUAUAUCACGCAAACAAGGAUUCAACCAAUAUUCGUAUCUGAAGUAACUGAACUUGAGCAACAAUUAACGACCCUAUCAACAGAUAAAAAAAAUAUGAGUUUAACUUUAAUUCCAACAUAUUUAAUUAUAUUGUCGACUUUAAAUGGUACAGAGGUUUCUAAGUCUUUAAAACAGUUCCUUGUUGCUUUAUCCAUGAGUGGUACCAGUAUUACUAGUUUACAGAUUGCAAUUAUUAUGUUAUGCACUCAAGAACAUAUGCAAGAAUAUGUCCUUAGUGGUUUGUGGGAUGGGGUAGUGCACCAAAGACCUAUCGUAAGAUGCGCAACCGCAACACUAUUUAGUUGCGUGAUAGCUCACGUUUCCGAUCGGUUAGCAAGUACUAAGGUAGUUCCUGCAAUUGUAACACUCGUUAGUGAUCCCGAUAUAACUGUUCGAUCUGCAGCAAUUCCUUCUCUUGGUCGUUUAAUAACAGAGUGCAAAGUAAGAGAGAUGCGUGAUAAAGCACGUUUAACUUUAGAAACCAUUGCUAAAGAACCUCAGGGUGUUCCGCCCACUUUAGCACUUCCGUUGGUCUCAACGUUAGCUUUUAUCGCUCCUAAUUGUCCUCAAAAUUACAUAGAAGACGUUAUAGCUACACAAUUAAUGGGGAUCACUUCAUCGACAUUACAACAAGGUCGUAAAAUUGAUCUUGUUAGUGCUUUGGUCGAAGCAUAUUCUGUUCUGGUGUAUUGUCCGCUGAGUAAUCAGUGUGUUUCUGGUGUAUUGCUGCCAGGAUUGAAGUGUCUCGAACAGUUGGUUAAUCAAUAUUUACCUCAACAAAAAGAAGCUGUUCGGUCACUUCUAAGGGAAGCAGAAUCGCGGCAGGAUCUUUCAAAACCAAUGGAAAGGUCUUUAUCAAUGAGUUCGGGUCUUUCGUUAUCAAUGGCUACAGUAAAUGUGGGGCAAGGUGUAGAAGACAUGAAACAAAGAGUGAGCAAGAUAUUUCAACAGAAAACUAGUUCACCAAGUAUGUCUAGUAUUUUUCGAAAGAAAUAA